AGCCACCCCCCUUGCCCCCUCCUCGUUUGAAUACAACGAGCCGCUGUUUGGGAAGCGCAUGCCAUGGAGACGGUGUUGCAGCAACAUCUGCUGGAUUUGGAGACCAAGAUCCAGCAUGCCUUCGAUGGCGUUCAACAGCAUAUCCAGGAGAUGCAGAAGCUUUUGCAUCCGGCCGACGCUCCCCCCCAAGCCAUUGAGGACCUGGACGCGCAGCUGGCGCCGGCGCUGGAGGAGUCGGCGGAGCGCCAGCUCAGCAGCGAGGCGCUGCAGCUGAAGAAAAGCGCCGAGCGCCAGGACGGCGCCCUCACACAGGGGCACCUGCGCCUGAACUCCCACAUGAUGGGGCUAUCCAUGAAGGCUGCUGAGGCGGUGGGCGUGGUAGGUAGAGAGAGCCUGCGAACCAGCUUCGUGGAGAUGACCAGGUCGCAACAACGAUCACCGGUGAGCAAUGACGACAAGAGUCGUCCCUGCCACCCUGGGCGUUGCAAACCCUGGCUGCCGAAUAGCAAAUUCCGGGUCUCCUGGGACCUCGCUGGCAUGUUCCUCAUUGUGUGUGAUGCCUUUUUGUUGCCUGUGGUCAUUGCCUGGGACCUGGACAUUACGCCCUUCCUGGGCGAUAACAGCGUGGCGGCAAGACUUUUGCAGAUGUUCUCCAUCAUCUCCAUGUGCUUUUGGCCGCUGGACAUCCUCCUGAAUUUCAACACCAGCUUUUACGUCAAGGGCACUUUGCAGAAGGCCCGCUGGGCCAUAGCCAAGAGGUACAUGACCACCUGGUUGGCUUUCGACAUUUGCGUGGUGGCGCUGGAUCUCUCAGCAGGCAUGACGGCUGGGGGGGAGUCCGCGAAUUCAGGGGCUGACUUCUUGCAGCCCCUGCGCUCCGCGCGCUACCUGCGGAUCCUGAGGACCUUGCGCCUUCUGCGCAUUCUCAAGGCAGGCAAAAUCAAUGUCCUGCUCGAGAACCUCGUGAUCUCUAUGGGGCGACAGUGGCUGAUCCUCGCCUUUACAGUGGGCAAGAUGCUGUUGGCGAUUGGCGCGGUGGCGCACAUCUUGGCGUGUGCCUGGUUUGGCCUGGGCGCCUCCCUGUCGGACGGCACUCGUCUCAGCUGGAUUGAUUUGGCGGGCAUAAAGGACCUACCGCCAGCCAUUCAGUAUGCGCAUUCCAUCGGCUGGAUCCUGUUGCCUCCAGCACCUCCACCGGUGCGCCCAGAGAGUGGGCUGGAACAGGUGGGCUGCUUGGUCUGCGUGGUAACCACGGUGCUGGUGAUUGGUUCCGCGCUCUCCAUUUUGACGGGCACGUUGAACGAAAUCCGCCAGGUCAACAGUGAGCGCAGUCGGAAGCGCCGGGAGCUGCGGAUCUACCUGCAGACCAAGGCGGUUCGUACGGAGCUCUUAAUGCGCAUCAUGAGCUACGCAGAUUACAAGAUGGCCCGACACAGCCCCAUCUCCUUCGACGCCGGCCUCAUCUCUCCAAUGCUGGAAGCUGAACUGGCCACCGCACAACUGGGAGAUACCUUGCAAGGACAUCCCUUCUUCGCCCUCACGGGCAGGGUCUUCCCCCAAGUCUUCGCAGAUUUCUGUCGGGCCUUGGAGAAGAAGUUCUUUUGCGAGGCGGAGUCCGUGUUCAGCGCAGGCUUAUUGGCGGAGAUGAUGUACAUCACGAGCCAUGGGCAAUUCUCUUUGUGUUCAGCAACUGACAGCUCGCAUUUGGAAUUUGAAGACGAGUGCCGCUAUUUCGCGGAGGUGGCCUUGUACGUGGAGGCGGUGAUGCAUCACUUCUCCCUGCGUACGGAGUCCUUCGCAGAGGUCUUCGCGCUAUCUGGGAGCAAGAUGGCAGCAGUGCUGGCCAACUCGCCCAUGUGUGCUACAAUGUUCAUCGAGUACACCAAUGAGUACCUUCUGCACUACACGUUGCCGGCGCCCAAUCUCAGCUGCGUCGAAGUUUUAGAACAGCAGUCCAACUGCGCGCAGAGAAGUUGCGAGAGCAACUCCUUCUACCUGGAGCUCUACGUGGACAGCCGCCGGGUGAUCCGGACCCUGGAUUUGAACUAUCUCAAGGUGGAUGACCUACUGAGCCCCCCCAGCUUUGUCGACCAUGUGCUGCGCAGCAAGGAGCCAGAGACGUUGGACGAGACGGUCAAACAUCUCCGUGCUGCCUUUGUCGAGUUGCAUCCCGAGGAGGGCCUGCACAUCAGAUACUCCGACUCCAAAGAGCAGGAGCGUGCUGAGUCUGGCAUCCUUAGCCUGAUUGCUUUGGUCCGUGACGAUUACACGUUGUAUGUGUCCCCACAGAAGCCCACGGCGUGCCUUAGCUCCGAGCAGUGGCAAGAAUUGCAGGAGCUUCUGGUGUGGUGUUGCCCGGACCACAAGAAGAUGCUCACCGCGAUCUUCUUGCUGGCGGUCAAAGGCCUAGGCAAAUUCCGGUCGCUUACAAGGCAGUUGCCUUUGGACUGCCAGCGCCCCGAAUCAGCGAUCUCAUUCAUCCUCUCGUUUUACUCAGCGGCGGUUCCGUCCUGGGAUGAGCUGGACCAGGAAGAGGAGGAGCUGGUGCAUGGCAUGUUGCAGCUCCAGCUUGGCUUUAACUUCGCCCAGAUGCUCCAAGGGGAGAACGUGGCGGCCAACCUGCUGCAACUGAAGGAGAAGAUCCAGAAUAAUGGUGGCGAGGAGUUGCUCAAGGUCUACGUGAUGUAUUUGCUGGGUUUCAUGAGCGGCCUUGCCGGAGGGACAGGUUCCCGCUUCAUGACCUGCAGCAACGCGAAGACGGUGAUCCUGGGCCUGUCCAUGCUGAAGAAUGCUUUAUCAGAGAAGCCGGCCCCGCUGUACUGGAGCUACAUCCAUCACAGGAGCGUGGCCAUGCAGCACCAGCCCCGGAAGCCCGAGGACCUCGCGGUGGCGCGCCUGGCGUGCCUCUGCCGCGCCCAGACGCACCAGGACUACGAAUUCCUGCAAAAAGCUUGGCAAGAGCUUACAAAGGUGGAGCAAGCAGAUCUUACACGGCACUUCUUGGCGGACGGCAUCACCAGCCAGGCUGUUGUCUGCGAAUUCCUGCCUUUGUGUUUGGAGCGGGCCAAAGCCAAUGCCUUCGUACGGGUGCCGGUCUUACUCGAGGUCUUGGUGGACCUGCUGCAGGCGGUGCGCUCGGCCUCCCAGUGCCGCCUGACGAGCGAUGCCGCGGCCUCCCUGGUGGCUGUGGACCUGGCGGACCUGGCCGCCUUCAUCCUCAUGGUGCAGAACAGCUACAUCUUUCAGACCUGCCUGGCCCGCGCCAAGCUCCGUGCCACAGAGAAGUGCCGCUUCCACCUGGACAUGACGCAGGAGAAUUGGCGCCGCGUCAGCGAGCCGCAGAGUGACGUAGUCAUGCUGGCCAGCUCAGUGCAUGCAAUGCAACGCAGGCAGGAGCACGGGGAACACGCGAACAGCCAAGUGAAGGCACUAGUGAGGUGUCAUGUUUGAAUGGUAUUUUUCCAAGGCUGUUGGCCAUGGCCUGACGUCUCCGACAGGC